ACGUUUCCUUUCCUGCCUUUCGACUUUCUAUUAAUUGACAACUUAAGUUUACAUUUUUUUGUAACUAUAAUUUCCAUGUGAAUAAAAAGUUUAUGAAGUUGUUAUAACAUGAACGACGAAAUGAAGAACAAUGUUAAAGAAACUAGAGAAUUAUAUUCCAUGAUACAUCAAGAAUAUGUUAUUAUGGCAGAAUAUCGUAUGUUGCAAACGGAGAAUCUACAAGGAAUAUAUGUAAUUCCUUCGUAUGAGAAUUCAUUCGUGUGGUUUGGAGUUAUUUUUGUGAGAGCUGGAUUUUAUGAAGGAGGAGUUUUUAGGUUUACAUUAACAUUGCCAGAAAAGUUCCCUGAUGAAGAAGUUCCUAUUUUGACGUUUACAUCAAACUUAUAUCACCCAGCAGUUGAUGCUCAUACUGGUGUUCUGAAUCUGAAUGAAGUUUUUCCACAAUGGGACCGAAAACAGAAUCACAUAUGGCAAAUUCUAAAAUAUGUGUAUUCUAUAUUUCAUAACUUAAAUGUUAAGGCUCCAGCAAAUGUAGAAGCCUCUGUUGCUUACAAAAGCAAUAAGAAAAUGUUUUUGGAGAAAGUAAGAGAAUGUGUUGUUUUAAGUAUAGAUCAUGUUUACGAUGAUCCACCUACAGAAGAUAAGCAUUACAUAACAUUUAAGCCGUAUGACCCAGAUGUUCAUGAUACUGUCAAAAAUAUAAUGAUGAAAACCCCUGUAUCAAAUGAAGGUAUGAACCAAGGAAUUUCUUGGGUGCAACCAGGGUCAUUUCAAGCCUUUUCUAAAGAAGAAACAUAGCUUACAUAUAUAUUUAUUCUUAUCAUUACAUAUUUACAAAGGUUAAUAUACAAACAAAAGUUCAUUUAAAUACGCCAUAAUUAACAUCCUGUGAUAAUAUUCGUAUUGUUCUAUUAAUUGAACCACCUAAUAAAUUAUUGUGUUUAUCAA